GCAGACAUAGGCCGAGCUUAGCGCCAUCGCUCGCGGCGCCCGUACCCGAAUUGUAAAUCCCACAAUGCAAUGUGCAAAGCUACGUCUCCUGGAGAGAUCAAAAUCUAAAACCAAAAUACCAAUUGAAAAAUCUGGUAGGUUUUGUCAAAAACGUUUGGUAAAUCCAGACCAUGAUGAAGAUGCAAGGUGGACUGAUGUCUCUGAAAGGUUCUAUUGUAACAAUAUGGAAAAUAACGACUUAAACCAGACUCACGAAAGUGGAAUGACUCUACAAUCUCGAGAAGAUAUAUGUCUCUCAGUACAAAAUAUACAGUUUCAAGGAAGCAUUGAACAAAGGCGAAGACCACGAACUAGCUUCAAAUACAAAACUUUACCUGACGGCCAAAAACAUCGUAUGUUUGUUAAAGAAAUGGUAGACGAGUUUGAAUCUGAAGAAGCAAACCGUUAUUCCGAACUGAGUGACUAUUUUGACGACUAUUCAAAAUACUUUUCCAAUAAUGAUAACUCACGACCAUCUUCAGGAAAGUCUAGUAUUGUUCUAUAUUGCUUAAAUAAUAAAACUAAAGAAAAUAAAGCGACACAAGUAGAUUUAAGAAGUACAGAACCCAGAAGAAAACAUAAACUUGACCUUAAAAUUAAAAAAGUGAACAAAAGGAUUGAUAAAUUAGAAUUGCUUGGAGAUAGUAAAAAUAAUAUAGAAGACAAGAAAGACGAUAAUAUAGACGAUACAAAAAUAACAUUUCAUAAGAAUGGAAAGAGAAAAAGUCUAACUAUUUCGAGAACGGAGAGCCCAGCAACUGUUCAAGUCAUUAGAGUAGAUGUAGUCUGUAAUUACAGCACGAGCUCCACUAUGUCUGACUAUGAGGAGAACAGAUCACCAUCAGGAAGUAACGAUACAAAGGAAACCGACCAAGAAACUAAGACUACGAACCUAAAGAAGUCUCGUUUUGUAAAUAAAUACAUGUUAACGAACACAGUUAAGACAUUAGAUCAAAACGUUUCAGGUGGCAAAGUAACAUUAAUGUGUAAAACUUUUAAACUAACCAAUCGAUCAAAAUUUGUAACAGAUAAUAAUACCAAAGCUGUAAAAUAGGCAAAAAUUAAACUUACACACAUCGUAUACAUAAUGCAUGUAAAGUACAUCUUCUCCAAAGUUACUUAGAUCAAAAUGUUCAAUCAACGAGUUACAGAGAGUUUAAAUUUAAUUAUCUUAGUGCUUUGAAAUUAUUCCCUUGUAGACUAUACUGUUUAAUAACCUUUGAUUAUGUG